AUGGUGCUUGCAUUGCCUUUCGCCGUUUGUCGUUCCCCUAGCAAGCCUCCUCCCCCUCCUCCCCGCACCUCACGGCCGCACAUCCGUCCGCUCCUCUUGCUCCUCCUGGGGCUCCUUGCUGUGGUCCACGUAGAGACCUUUGCCGACCUCUCGCAAGUCGAUCGAUCGCUCAGCCAGUUCGAUCGGAUCCUGCAGGCCAAGGAUGGCAGUGAAGGAGACAGGUUCGGUAGGAGCGUAGCCCUCACGGCAGACCUUGCCUUCAUCGGAGCAGAUUAUGCUCCAUGCUCCAUGCCACUGGUGGCGGGAGACUGCAACGUUUCAGGACGAGGAUCGGGAGCUGUGUAUAUCUUUGCAAGAGAUUAUGUGGACGAGUUAGUGGGAGGAUACAACGAGACGGGAUACCGAGACGGCAGCAGGUGGUGGGGUCAGAGAAAUCAAAUCUUUCCUCCGGACAGAGAGGCGGGUCAGAGGUUUGGCUCAGCUGUUUCCGUGGAUGACAUGAUGAACGUCGUCCUGGUCGGGGCCCCUCUCAAGACAGCUGGCAACGCCUCGGAGUCGGGGAUGGCGUUUGUGUAUCAGAAGAACAUUGGAGGGGAGGAUAACUGGGGUCUUGUCAGUUCUUUCAGUUUAGAGAACACAUCGUACACUGUUGAAGGAUAUGAACACUUUGGGACAAGCGUCGCGAUCUCGGGGCGUUACCUCGUGAUCGGCUGUCCCCAAUGCAACGGAAGAAACGCUCGAGAGUGGUCAGCGGGAAUGGCCUUCCUCUUCCGCUGCUCCAGCGUCAAUCCUUCCACACACCAGUGUGCAGGAUGGGAACUGCUAAAGGAACUUGUGCCUGAGCCGGAAGGAGCCGCAGCUCCGUCGUGGUGCGCCUCCCCUCUGUCAACGACGGGGAAGGCAGGGGACUGGACGUGCCACAGGGACAUGGACAACUUCGGCAACUCUGUGUCGAUACUCGGUUGCUGCAAUGACUUAGGGGAGCUCGCCUGGUCGGAUGGUCUCAGUGGACGCGCUGAUCCUGUCACUGGGUAUGCCUGGUGCAACCUCAAGGAUCCUUGCUCCCAUGCAGUUGUCGCUGUUGGAGCGUACAUGGACUCGACCGCUGGUAUCUUAGGAGAAGGUUACGACCGGCACAGGCAUGGCAGCGUGUACCUGUACAGCAACAGGGCUGGUGAUGAUUCUUUCCCUCAGACCAAGAACUUGUCCUCCUCUGGCAGGAAUGAAAGUGACUACGUCGGACAGUCCCAGAAAGUUUCGGCCAUGGAUGAGAUCGAGGACACAAUGUUUGGACGACAUGUGUUCCUCGGCCCUUGCUACAAUCGUUCAGGGGAUCUCAGCGUUUGCCUAACAGUUUCUCGCUCCUCCUGCAUCGAUCGCAAGUGUUACACUCCUUUGAGCCCAGCAACAGGGAUCUCGAUAUGUUAUUGCGAUUAUUCGGAGCACGGGUGGAGUGAUGAGAUUUAUCUAUUCGAGAGAUACCAAGGAGGGUUUGACUCAUGGGGCCUUCAAGACAAAUACUGCGACGUGUUUAUCUCCUGUCCUCUCUCUCCAAACUGCACAGAGCUUUAUGCCACUGCAAACUUAAGGGCCAAGUACGAGGUCUUACAGACUCAUCUCGGCCCUGGCCUUUCCUCCUCCGAAACUCCGGCCAAUCCCAACGGCGAUCAAACAAGGACAGACUACGCUUGUCCGGGAGCCGAUGCCAACGGAGCGAUCAAAGCUGGUCCUUGCCUAGAGGUUCAGUGUGUUCCGCGUGCCAUGCAGAUGAGAGAUGCUUUCUUCGGAAGUCCUGUCCACGUUCUAGGAAGCAAAGCCUUGAUUGGAUCGCAUGCCUGGCAGAACCGAGGAGCCGCCUUCAUUGUUGUGUAG